AUGGCGGCCCAUGGGCCAGAUCCGGCCCACCAGACCAAGUUACCUGGCCCACACCGGAGGAGAAAAGUUCCAGCAGCUGCACCGGUGUGGAUGGAUACAGAGACUGUGAAAGCAAGCGGGGCUCGUGCCAGCCUUAGUCUGCGUUUGUUGAAUGCUCUCUUGUUGUGCACUGGAGACAUGGAGCACUUGGAAAAGUACAUGGAGGACAAGUUCAUUGUGCUGCAGCUGGUAGUUUGGUGUCUGAGAGGGGUGACCAGGGUGAUUCUAGCCAACAACCCACUGAGUGGGGCUCUCAUCUUGGCUGCACUGUUCUGGGCCUCCCCCUGGCAGGGCCUGCUGGGAACUCUGGGUGUACUCGCCUCCACUCUAACAGCUGUCAUCACAGGACAGGACAGAGCUGAGAUAUCAGGAGGUCUCCAUGGAUUUAACGGUAUGCUGGUGUCAUUGCUGAUGGGACUGUUUAGUUCUGCAGGAGAGUGGUACUGGUGGCUGCUACUGCCUGUCUGCUUGGGCUCAGCUACAUGUGUCUUCUUGUACAGUGGUUUCUCCACAGUGUUGGAACGAUGGGACUUGCCUGUUUCUGUGUUUCCCUUCAAUACCAUCAUUGUCCUUUACCUCCUUUGCACUGGCCCAGAUAACCCCUAUUUCCCACACCACUCCACUACUUCUCCAGGAUUACAGGAUCCUAAUGGCACCAGACUUGUUGCUGUGGAGGUAAUGCUUGGCAUCCCUCUUGGUGUCGGUCAGAUUUUUGCCUGUGCAGCUGUUGGUCCCUCCCUCCUUAUCUUGGUUGCAGUCUUACUCUACUCCCCUCUCCUGGCCUUCCACGCCCUGCUGGGAUCAGCAGUUGGAACGCUGGCUGGUUUAUCUGUGGCCGUGCAUCCUGAUUCAUUGUACUCGGGUCUGUCUGGGUUUAAUGGUGCCCUGGGCUGCAUGGUUGUUGGAGGACUCUUCUUCACCUUUAACUGGAGGACUCACCUCUUUGCCAUCUCAAGCGCUUUCCUCUCUGCAUAUGCGGACAUUGCUCUGAGUAAUCUGCUGGGAUCUGUUGGCCUCCCAGCAUGCAGCUGGGCAGCUACUCUGACAGCAACUCUGAUGCUGCUGCUGACAGGCAGUUUAGCAGCUUACCGAAUUCCAACCAGCCAGGUCGUGGCACCUGAACACAGCUUGUGCUCCCGAAGUCAGUCGGAAGCUGUUAAGGGAAACGAAAUCAAUGAUGUGUGACUUUGAGGACACGCAGUAACCGCUUUACUGGAACUCCUGAGCUGUUGUCUGGACCCCAAUACAGUUAAUUCUUUCUUUUAAACAAUAAGAUACAUUUUCACCACAAACUUUAUGGAUGUUAAGCAAAAUAAUUUUUAAUGAUGUAUUUGGUAUCACCUCCUUUGUUUUAAAAUGUAUCUUUAAAACAUUUUAACCAUAUAAUGUACUGCUGAAAAAAGACAGACUCAGUGAGUUUACAAGGACAGAAAUCUUAUUUUAAUAGUGAUGAAACUGACAUCAUUUUUAUAUAUAAAAAAACUUUAAUCAACAAUAAACAGCAAACCUUUAUUCAUUGUAAAAAAGAAAUGUAUAAAGCAUCAAUGCAAGCAUACGGUGAAACAUUGAGUUUUUAAAAUGUUCAGCUGCUUAGGUUAGGGACUUAAAGGCAACUGUUUUGUCCUUUACUCUGAUUGUAGUCGUAGAAAAUAAUACAAUAGUAAUUAUAUCAGUUAUUACUUUCAGAUCAAAAUUUUAGUGUUUUUGCUGCUAUUUAUAAUCAGUGUGUCCUUUUUCACAGUGCUGUGGAAUUUUUAGUUUUUCGUCUGCCCAAAUACACACUUCUACAUUUUUUAAAACCAUACACCCACAUGCUUAUUAAAAACAUUUGAUAUUAACUAGGGCUGUCAAAAGAUCAAAAAAUUUAAUCGUGAUUAAUCUCAGGAUUUCUGUAGUUCAUUUUGAUUAACUGCACCCUAUUCAUCACAUUUGAAAAUUACCUAAUUUUGCAUGUAAAAUCCUUAUUGUGUCAUCUUGGAUUUUUCUAGGGUUAUUGACUUCCUGUUUGGAUACAGACCUACUUCAUAGAUUGAAGAUAUGACAUGAACUAAAACACAAAAGAAAGAACCUGCUAUGGAUUGAAAAGAAAAUAAGGGGCUGGUAAAAAGGUAAAAAAAAACAAAAAAAACUGGCAUCACCAGUUGCAGGUGAUGUUUGACCUGUCUCUGAGUGUUUUAAAGGGGACAUAUUAUGCAAAACACUUUUUCAGGCUUUUCUAACAAAGAUAUGUGUCCUUGGCUUUCA